AUGACGUCAUCUGCAGGGUUACUCAUGACGUCGGCGUCGUCAUCAACGACGUCACUCGGCGGCGAGGAUCCGGAGAACAUCCGGAUUCUGCUGGCGGCGUCGGUCUUCAGCGAGUUCGGCGAUUCCUGUGUGUAUUCCCGAUUCGGGACCACCGCCCUCGGCCAGCAUUACGUUCUGGUCUCGAGGAAACGCUUCUUGGGAGGCUACUCGGUACGGAUCCGUCGAGGGAAUGUUGUUCCUAAAGCGAAUAAAGUGGCCUUUUCAGUUAUUUUUUCGUUUGUGUUUGAUCUUUUUCGACUUUCUUGUUGCUUUUCGGGUGUUUGAAAAUUGAGUCAUAACAGAACAGAUUUCUUGAGAUUGGAAUUCAUCUUUUGAGUAAAAGUUUACCUCUGUUCCAAGAGACUUUUUCUUACUGAAUUUAAAAAAGGAAAAUAAUUUUGAUAACUCGAAUUCAGAUACCCAAGUUGAAAAUUUCUAAAUUUUUUCGAUACUCAACGUUCUUUUUAAUUUAGAAAAAGAGACAUUAGUGGAAAAAAGAAACUUCUCCGGAGUUUUUUUUAUUAGUGAAGUGGAAAAUGAGAUUCAGUUCUACAAUUUAUCCUUUUUUCUGUAAAUCAUGUUUUUCUCUUUUUUUCGAAGUUCUGAUUGUUAUGAUGAAGGGAAUCUUAUUUAAGUAUCAGAUGAGGUUAAUGAAUAAUAAAAAAAUUUCCGUAACCGAAUCGAUAAAAAUAAUAUUUUUCAGACCCUGAUGAUCACAGCAAACAUGAGGAAUAGACCUUUUAUUUCUGCGCCUUUCAAGGUUCUUUCAUUAAUUUCAGUUUGUUAUAUAAAUGAUGCUUCAGAUUUCCGGGACGCAAGUCUUAGCCGAAUCAAGAGAUUUCAUCGACCGACUUGUGAUGGAACUCAGCCGGCCGGGCAUGUUUUCGUUGCGAGACCAGCCGCUCGGUUGCACAAUUCCCCUGGGGAAAGAGUGGAUCCAACUGGACCUCGUCCCCGUCGAAGUACACGCCAAUCAGGAUCUCUUCCUCGAAAAAGGUCUACUUUUUUUUUCGAAAAUUAUUAUAGAAAAAUACAAAUUCAUUGACGAAAAAGGUGUAAUACUUCUAAAAUUGUUUCUAAUUGCUUUUUUUUUCUGGGGGGUUUUCAAUGUUAGAAGCAAAAGUGUUGAUUUAUAAAUUCUGACUCCUUUUUUUUUCAAUUCCAAUGGAAAGUAGCAUUUUUUUAAACUAAGAAGCUCAACUUUGAUUAUUUUAAAAUAUUGUUUAGUUUUUCUAUUAAAAGGGGGAUAAGUUCAUACUUUUGUACAAUUUUCUGACAAUUUUUUUAAGAUAAAAAAAUUAUCCAACUCAGACUUUCAGGCGACGAACUUUUCUGCGAAGUGAUACUGUCCGGCGUCAAAUUCUACCACAGUGGCAUCUACGCCGGCGACGGAGAAGUCUACCAUUUUGUCUGCGAUCCUCGUGAGUCUACGAAAAUAAAUAUAGGAAACUAUCAAGUUUUUAGAAGAAAGCGAGUCGUUGGCUGAGGCGUUGGCGGUGUUCAGCGGCGUUCCGGGAAGAGUCCUCCUCGAUUCCUGGAUGGAAUAUGUUUAUGCCCUUGUCGAAGUCACAGGUAUGGUCGCAAGAGUUAAUUUUUUCAACAAAAAGUUCAGAAAACCUGAUAACAAUGCAUUUUUUUAAAAAGUUCACAGCUCGAAAAUUUUCGAAAUUUCCUCUUUUUUUAGUAUUAAAUAAAUCAAACUUCAUCGAAUGAGGAUAUAAAAAAAUCCUGAUAAACCAUUAAUAAGACUCUUUUUAUUUUAACAAGGAAGCUUAUAUUUUUCGUUAUUUUUAUAUUUCAGGCUCAAAGUAUCAAUUUUUCGUUACUUUUUCAAUUUUUUUCAAACUAAACGAAAUGAGCUUUUAUCGGUUGACAAGAUUGAGAUCUUCAAAAUGAGUUGGAAUUUAUCAAUUUGAAUUCUUUACAAAGCUUGUAAAUUUGAGAAAGUUUUUCUAAACUGAAGUUUUGCGGCUCAAAAAAUGGAAAACUUUCGUGUUUCUAAACUAAAUCAAAUUGACGAAUUGCAGACGUACCUCCGCGGAUAUUCCGCGCCUCGCACCCGCUGGUGUGCCGCAGCGGCGACCAGGUGAUCAAGGAGGCCGAACAUCUCCAGACUGUCCUCGAGGAGUACGAUAUCCGCCGGAGCAACUGCCAGCACUUCACGUCGACCUGCUCGACCGGCGUCCCCUUCUCCUACGACAUGACCUCCAACCUCAAGUACCUGGCCUGCACGAUUCUGAAGCCGUCGGCGACCAUCGUCGGCACCAUGACCCGCUUCAACAAGGACCGUUCCAGCUUCAACAGCUCUUCCUCCUGA